AUGUCUCGCCCAGGAGUCACCCGCACCGCAUCCACCAAUCUUGGCAGUGGAAAUGGAUACAGAGUACUAGAUGGCAAGAUUGCCAUUGUCACUGGUGCCUCUAGAGGUAUCGGCGCCGCAACAUGCGAGAACCUCGCAUCCAAGGGCUGCUCCNNCCUGAUCAUGAACUACACCUCCGACUCGUCCGAAUCCAUCACCACACAAUUGGCCGAGCGUCUUCAGAAAGAGCAUGGAAUCAAGGCCUUGCCCGUGCAAGCCGAUAUGGGCACUGAGAAUGGCCCUGCACACCUCAUUGCUACAGCAUUGAACCACUUUGCCCACCCCAAGACACGCAAGCUGCAAAUCGACAUCAUCAUCAACAAUGCUGGUGUUGCGUCCAACCGUCCUAUCGAGGAUUGCGAUGCCGAAGACUUUGACUUUGUGUACCGCGUCAAUGUCAGAGGCCCUCUUUUCCUCAUGAAGGCUGCUCUGCCGUACUUGCCUACCGACCGCAGUGGUCGCAUCGUCAAUGUUAGCAGUGUCAGUGCCAGCUGUGGCUUUAGCCAACAGAGUGUCUACGGAGGUUCAAAGGCUGCCGUGGAAGCUAUGACACGCACCUGGGCUCGUGAGUUGGCUGAGAGAACCACCGUCAACGCUAUCAACCCCGGUCCUGUCAUGACUGCCGUCCGCCCUGGCGUUGACAGCGAGGACUUGGUCAAGGGCGCCGAGGUUGCUGGAGGCCGUCCUGUAAGUCGAGCUGCACCAUGCUUCAAAGACGAAUCCAGAAGACUUACCGUUUGUGAAUUANNGGCAUACGAAUCCGAAACUGCUGGUGUCAUCGCUAUGCUCUGUACUCCUGAUGCUGCAUACACCACUGGCUCUGUCAUCAGUUGUAACGGAGGUUUCAAGUUCAGCACAUAG